AUGAAGGGCCCUGGCUUCCAAUUGGUUGAAGAAAGGAAACUUCUUCUUAAUUUCCGCGGUUUCACAGUCUGUGGAAUGAACCCCCCAAUGAGCAAGUUGAAGGGCACAAAGCCCUGUUACAUUAGAGUCUGUGGAAUGAACCCCAAGAAAACGCCAUUCCAAGACUAG